AUGUCAACUACAAACACUAGACCUACAAGAACGAACCGCCGAAAACGACCACCGAAUCCAAAUUGGCGUGAAGAUUUUUAUCGCAACGGAAGACCGGAUGAACAAGAAGUAAUAGUUAUUUCGGAUUCUCCUACACCUUCGCACAACCGACCACUUACUUCACAAAUUGAAACGAGGGGUAUGAGGCGCGGUAGGCGUUCUCCACCAAAAUUAUCUAAUCCUCAACAGUUACAGUCUUCACAAGUAUUACUUCAACCAAUUUCAGCUUUACCGACACAUAAAAGACGACGAAAAGGUGAAAUUCAAUCGAUUCAAAAUUACCAACAGUAUAAUGAUACGUCCUACCGUUCUUAUAUUUCAACGAGUUCACAUACUUCUGCACAUUUUCGAGAACCAAUUUCGACAAGAGAGUCUUUUUCAUCCGCAUCUUCAUCACGUCAAGCAAUAAUACCCAAUUAUGAUGAUAAAGAUGGGCAUUACAUUGUAAAGAUUGGCGAUGAUUUGACUUCAAGAUACAGAAUUACUCGCCAGCUUGGACAGGGUACUUUCGGAAAAGUUGUACAAUGUUUCGAUCGUGUCUCAAAUCGACAUGUUGCAAUUAAAAUCAUUCGUGCAGUACAAAAGUACCGUGAUGCGAGUAAAAUCGAGAUAAGAGUUUUAAAUACUUUAAGUGAUCAAGAUCCUGCAAAUAUUCACAAAUGUAUUCAUCUUCGAGAUUGGUUCGAUUUCCGCAACCAUAUUUGUAUGGUUUUUGAAUUAUAUGGUUCCUCGUUAUUCGAUUUUUUAAAGCAGAAUGAUUUUGCGCCUUUUCCGAUGAAUCAAAUCCAACAUAUAGCAAAGCAAUUGUUAAGUUCCGUAGCCUUUUUACACUCAUUACGUUUAGUUCAUACUGAUUUAAAACCAGAGAAUAUUUUAUUGGUAAAUGAUCAAUGUAGGAAUCGUUCACCUGGGAAAACAAGACGUAUAUUAUUGGACACGGAUGUAAGAUUAAUUGACUUUGGUAGUGCAACGUUUGAUGAUGAAUAUCAUUCAUCUGUUGUUUCGACUCGACAUUAUCGGGCACCAGAAGUCAUACUAGGAUUGGGAUGGUCAUAUUCUUGUGAUCUGUGGUCUGUUGGUUGUAUUCUUGUUGAGCUGUUCACAGGGGAAGCCCUAUUUCAAACCCAUGAAAAUUUAGAACAUUUAGCAAUGAUGGAACAUGUUAUUGGUAGAAUUCCAGAUAGAAUUGUUCGGCAAAUGAGUCGACAUCAACAAUCAAAGUAUUUUAGGGGAAGUAGAUUACUUAAUUAUCCCAACGAUGAUACGACAAAACAGAGCCGCAAAUAUGUCAAGUCAUUACGUACUUUGGUCGAAAUUAUUGAGCCUGAAAAGACUACUUUCAGAAGCCAAUUUUACGAUCUCCUGCAUCGUCUAUUGUUGUAUGAUCCUAACGAGAGGAUUUCAGCGCGCACAGCGCUUAGGCACCCCUUUUUUUAUAUGUUAUUUGAUGAGGAGGGUAGACAAAUUCGCUAA